AUGCUUGCACACACCAAGGAACCCCGGGCGAUCAUCAUUGGAUGUGGCGUGGCCGGGAUCGCGCUGUCAGCUCGUCUGAAGAAAGACCUGAACUUUGACAAUUUCAUCGUGUAUGAACGUGAACGCGAUAUCGGUGGUACAUGGUUCCUCAACACAUACCCCGGAGUUGGCUGCGACGUCGACUCCCACCUGUAUUCCUUUUCCUUCAACCCCAACCCAGAUUGGUCGAAACGGUUCGCCGAGCAGCCCGAGAUACUCGAGUAUCUCAACAGUACCGUCGACCGGUUUGGGAUCCGGCCUCAUGUGCGCUGUGGGAUCGAGGUCAUCGAGGCUCGCUGGGACGAGGCCCGCUCCCUGUGGCGGGUGAACCUGCGUGACCUGCAGACCUCGCACACCUUCUGGCGCGAGGCGGAAAUACUGGUCUCGUGUGUUGGAACUAUUUCGAUCCCCAAGGACUGCGACAUACCCAACCACGAAUCCUUUGCUGGUGCCAUCUGGCAUUCGGCGCGGUGGAACCACAACUACGACCUUCGGGGGAAAACCGUGGCAGUUGUUGGCAAUGGAUGUUCCGCAGCCCAACUCGUGCCCCAUGUGGUGAGAGACGCGAAGCAGGUCUAUCAGUUCCAGCGAUCGCCCCAGUGGGUGACGAGCCGAGAAAACCGCCAGUUCACCGGAUAUGAAAAGUGGUGUUUUCGACAUGCUCCUUUGCUCGGUCGCCUGUACCGCUUCAAGCUGUGGAAGGACACCGACGCGUUGCACACGCUAUACAUGUCCGAGUCCCAAACCUUCGUGUCUCAGCGCGAGAAGGCCACCAAGGGCGCAGUCGAGUAUAUCAAACAGAAGUCGCCCCCAAAAUACCACGACGUGCUGGUCCCUAAGUUCCCCCUCGGCUGCAAACGCCGAAUCUUCGACCCCGGCUAUCUGGAGUGCCUCUACCAAGACAACAUCGAGCUCACCACGGAGCCCAUCGUGGAGUUCUUCGCGCACGGCCUCCGCACCCCGCAGCGCGACAUCCCCGUGGACGCCGUCAUCCUCAGCACGGGCUUCCAGAUCCAACAGUUCCUCUCGCCGAUCACCGUCCACGGCCGCCACGGCACGCUCAACGAGCACUGGAAGAGCACCCGAGGCGCGCAAGCAUACAAAGGGUCCCUGGUGACCGGGUUCCCCAAUUUCGGGAUCGUGUUCGGGCCGAACGCGUUCCCCGCCCACAACUCGGUCAUCUAUACCAACGAGGUGCAGGCCGAGUACCUGAUCAAGACGAUCUUCCGCCCGAUUCUCUCUGGCCACUUUGCCGCGAUUGACGUCAAGGAGGCGGCGGAGCUGCGGGACGCCAAUACCGUGCAGGCGAAGCUGCAGACGAUGGUCUGGUCGGCGGGUUGUUCGAACUGGAACCUGGAUGCGAAUGGCCGCAAUACGACCAACUACCCCGACCACACGUGGAAGUUCUGGGGUCGGCUGUAUUGGCCGAGGUGGGAGGAUUUUGAUAUCACAGGCGACACGGGCCGCAGACCCGUGAGCCUCUGA